AAUAGUCGGUAUGAUUUAUACAAUGAACAAUAACCAGUUUAGCCUAGCGUUCUUCCCACGUUGUCUUUCUUUUCCAAGAUGUCAGCUAUAGGUAGCGUACUCAGUGUUGGAGGUUCAAGAACAUCGGGAGAAUCUGUCAGAACACAAAAUGUUAUGGCAUCAAGUUCUAUAUCAAAUAUAGUGAAAAGCUCACUAGGGCCAGUUGGUCUGGACAAGAUGCUUGUGGAUGAUGUAGGGGAUGUUACAAUAACAAAUGAUGGAGCAACAAUUUUGAAACUACUUGAAGUAGAACAUCCUGCUGCUAAAGUUCUUGUAGAACUUGCUCAGCUGCAAGAUGAGGAAGUUGGAGAUGGAACAACGUCUGUAGUAAUAGUUGCAGCUGAACUUCUAAAAAAUGCUGAUGAAUUGGUUAAAUGUAAGAUCCACCCAACAUCUAUCAUUAGUGGAUACAGAUUGGCCUGCAAAGAAGCUUGUAAGUACAUACAAGAAAACCUGACCAUAAAUGUGGAUGAAUUAGGUCGAGACUGUAUUGUGAAUGCUGCCAAGACAUCGUUGUCAUCAAAACUUAUUGGAUCCGAUUCAGAUUUCUUUGCUAACAUGGUAGUUGAUGCAGCAAUGGCCAUCAGAACAUCAGAUGGUAAAGGUGGCUUCAAAUAUCCCAUCAGGGCUGUUAAUGUUUUGAAGGCCCAUGGGCGGAGUACAAGAGAAAGUGUGUUAGUGCAUGGCUAUGCUCUGAAUUGUACUGCAGCUUCCCAAGCCAUGCCUAAAAAGAUCACUGGGGCUAAGGUAGCAUGUCUAGACUUCAGUUUACAGAAGACAAAGUUGCACCUUGGGGUUCAGGUUUUGAUCACUGACCCAAAUAAGUUGGAAGCUGUAAGGAAAAGAGAGUCUGAUAUUACCAAGGAAAGAAUUCAGAAAAUUCUGGCUGCAGGUGCUAACGUCAUUUUGACAUCUGGAGGAAUUGAUGACUUGUGUUUAAAGUACUUUGUUGAAGCUGGGGCUAUAGCAGUACGCAGGGUUAAAAAGGUUGAUCUGAAAAGGAUUGCUAAAGCCACUGGAGCUCAACUGCUGCAGUCUCUAGCUAACAUGGAAGGAGAAGAAGCUUUUGAUGCUACAAUGGUAGGCGAUGCUGAAGAAGUUGUGCAGGAAAGGAUCUGUGAUGAUGAACUUCUUCUUAUAAAAGGUCCUAAAGCCCACACUGCAAGCUCCAUUAUUCUUAGAGGGGCCAAUGACUUCUUCGUAGAUGAAAUGGAAAGGUCUAUUCAUGAUUCCUUGUGCGUGGUGAAACGUGUGAUGGAGUCAAAGACUGUUGUUGCUGGUGGAGGAGCUGUUGAGACUGCUUUAUCAAUUUUUCUUGAGAACUUUGCUACCUCACUAAGCUCUCGGGAACAAUUAGCAAUAGCAGAAUUUGCUAAAUCCCUUCUGGUGAUCCCUAAAACUCUGACAGUGAAUGCUGCUAAAGAUGCUUCUGAUCUGGUGGCAAAACUACGAGCCUAUCACAACAGUUCACAGACAAAGUCUGAACAUGCGCACUUAAAGUGGAUGGGUUUGGACCUAUUUGAGGGUUCUGUAAGAGACAACAAGAAGGCAGGAGUCUUGGAACCUGCUGUUUCUAAGAUCAAGUCUCUCAAGUUUGCAACGGAGGCUGCCAUCACUAUCCUUCGGAUUGAUGAUCUCAUCAAACUGAAUCCAGAAAAGAAAGAAGACAGACAUUAUGAUAAUUAAUGCAUCAUUGUAUAGGUAGCUUAAAUUGAACCAUGCUAACAGAAAAACUUUCUAAGAACACUAACCUUAACUCUAUUGAACAAUAGAUAUUGUGGCUGCUCACUACCUACAAAAAAUAAUUUCCUUGCUUUAAGAGACUGUACAGUGAAGCUGUUCAGCUGAUUUUAUCUUCUAAACUCUGAUGAUGAAAAACCAAGAUGAUGUCAUUAUGCAAAAUCAAAAAUCUAAGAUAUAUUUUAUAGUUUACUUCAGCUAAGAGUUUAAUUUGUAUCCAAUAGUAAUGAAACUUGAAUUUUGUUUAAGCUUUACCAUUAGAUAUUUUUGUAAUGCUUCAUUCCGGUUGUCUUUCUCCAAAAGCUGUCAUGUACGAAAGUCAUUACAGAAUCUGAAUUACGUUUCAUUUGUAGGAACUUGGAGGUGUUUUUUUUUUUUGUCCUCUGCUUGCACAUAAACUACCUGUACCCUGUGUGGUGUACUAAAAAUAAUUUUGUAUGAUUUUUUAUACCUUUCAAAUAGCUCAUAAUCUAGUUAGAACCUUGAGUAAUGCGCUAGCAUUGUCAUGGAGCAUUUUGAGAGCAUUUCAUCAGUGGUUUUAUUUGUUGGAUUUGCAUUCUUAUUUAAUCCAUUUUAAAGACGUCUCACUAGAACCUGCAAAUGUCGUAGUUUUUUGAUUGUACUAAUAUAAUACACACUGAAAUAAAAAGUUUCUCUUUUUGUUGCUUUGUUUAUUUUUAAGCACAUUUAAAAAGAAUAUUAGUGCAACUACACUUAAGUAGCAAAAUGGCUGAUCAUUUGUAUGCACUAACUGUUUUGUACCUUACGUUGUCCAAUUAGUGACAGUGUUGUUUGGAAUAAACAGUCAAGUACUA